AUGCAUGUGCACCCUCAGCACCCCACCCACACCCGCCCCAGCACGCCACCAACACCCGCCCCGCCCCACCACACCACCCAAAUCAGCCCAACCACGUCACCUACACCCACCUCCCACACCACACCACCACGCCACCCAAACCCGCCCCACCACGCCACACACACCACCACACCACCCACACCCACACCUGCCCUACCACGCCUUCCACACCCGCCCCACCACGCCACACACACCACCACACCACCCACACCCACACCCGCCCCCAGCAUGCCAACCACUCACCCUCCCCUCCCCACUACACCACACCACUCACACACGUCCCGCCACCCACACCUGCCCCACCACGCCACCCACACCAGCCCCACCACAACACCCACACCCGCCCACUACACCACCCACACCAGCCCCACCACAACACCCACACCCGCCCCACUACACCACCCACACCCGCCCCACCACGCCACACACACCACCACACAACUCACACCCACACCCGCCCCACCACGCCACACACACCACCACACCACCCACACCCACACCAGCCCCACCACAACACCCACACCCGCCCCACUACACCAACCACACCCGCCCCACCACACCACCCACACCCACCACACCAACCCCUCCCACAGCACACACUUUACCGCUAUUCUCCUCCCUUCAUUCCAUAUGUCUUUCUCUUAA